GAGGUCUCUGAGCUGUUAGAUAACACUAAUAUAGUACAAACUCUGCCUUGUAUUCAGCAGCUCUGAUCUACAAAAAAAUGACUAUACAAAAUGUUAUAGACUUUCAAUUAAUUAUCUUUCUCUUAUAUUUAUGCCAUGGAGAAGCUGGGAAAUCAUGUCCAUAUGCAGCUUGCAGUGAGGAAGGUCCUUCCGUCCGUUUUCCUUUUUGGCUUAAAGAUCGACAGCCAGAGAGUUGUGGUUACCCAGGGUUUGCAUUAUCCUGCUCUAAGAGGAAUGAAACACUGAUUGAAAUUCCAUAUUCAGGGCAAUUUGUCGUGGCUGAUAUUGAUUACGAGUACCAAAAUAUUUACAUCAGUGACCCCAAGGGUUGCAUGGCGAGAAGGCUUAUGACCUUGAACGUCACAAGUAGUCCUUUCAUGAUUUCCGGGGCUCUUCAUUUCAUUCUGCUCAACUGCUCGUCAAUAACUGGAAGACCAGAACUACUACCGUUAGAUUGUCUCAGCAGUUCCAAUCAUCUUGUUUAUGCUGUCAAUGCUUCAACUUACAUGAGUCUAGAUCUUCUCUCUUCUUGCCACUUCACUGCCGAUGUUACCUCAUCUUUAAAUUUUUCUCACAAAGCUUUCAUGCCUUCGUUUUAUGAUUUGACACUUGGGUGGGAAAUUGCGGGGUGCGAUAUUGGUUGCCGAGUAAGAGGAGGAGAAUGUCGAUUGAAGGGCAAUAAUAGUUUAGAAGUCGAAUGUUCCAUUGAACAUCUUCCUGCAUACAAAAGUUCUCCAAGUGAAGCAUGGAAUAUGAUCAUAAGAGUAAGCAUCGGGAUUCUUAUUAUACCGCUCCCGGUCACAUUAACUAUCUUGUACUUGAUCAGAUCAAGAAGAUCACAGGCAGAUGUUCAAAAAAUGACAAAUGAAUUCAGGAAGAAGCUAGGCCAAGGAGGCUAUGGAAGCGUAUUCAAGGGUGAGCUUGAAAAUGGAGUGCCGGUAGCUGUGAAACUACUCGACAACUCCAAGGGCAAUGGAGAAGAUUUCACUAAUGAAAUAAGCAUAAUUGGGAGGAUUCAUCAUGUCAAUGUGGUUCGAUUGUUUGGUUAUUCUGCAGAUGAGUCUGAACAAGCUCUUGUCUACGAGUUCAUGCCAAACAAAUCGCUAGAUAAAUUCAUUUUUCCAGCGAAUUCAAAUAGACCGGAGCUGAGUUGGGGAAAGCUUCAACAGAUUGCCAUUGGUGUGGCCAAGGGAAUAGAGUAUCUUCACCAGGGAUGUAACCAAAGAAUCUUGCAUUUCGACAUCAAGCCACAAAAUAUCCUGUUAGACAUCGACUUCAAUCCUAAGAUAUCAGAUUUUGGCUUAGCAAAGCUUUUUCCGAAGAAAGAAAGUGUAGUGUCCAUAACUGCUGUGAGAGGAACCACGGGUUACAUUGCACCAGAGGUCUAUUUCUCUGGGAACAUUGGGAAUGUAUCAUAUAAAACAGAUGUUUACAGUUAUGGAAUGUUGUUAUUUGAAAUGGUUGGAAGUAAGAGAAACAAGGAUCUUACAGUGGGAAACACAAGCCAAGUUUACUUUCCUCAGUGGGUUUACAAUCGCCUCGCAAAUGGGGAGGAUUUGGGAAUUAAAGAGGAAAAAGAAGGAGAUGCUGACAUUGCGAAGAAGUUGUCAGUUGUGGCGAUUUGGUGUGUACAGUGGGAUCCGAGUAAUCGUCCUUCGAUGAGCACUGUAAUUCAGAUGUUGGAAGGAAGAACACGAAGCUUACCCCUGCCACCUGAUCCUUUUGCUUCCCUCAGCUUGGAAGAAAGUGACUUGAAUGUCCUAUAAGCAGGCCAAUCUUGGUCAGAAUG